AUGGACACCUCCUCCCAAACCGACAUCCCCCAACCGUCCAAAGAAACAGCCUACACCCAAUUUUCCAACCCCGUUACCCGUAACCCACAAGAACAACGCGGCCAACCCAGCGCACCCUCCAAACCCGACUCAGGAACCGGCUCCUCUGCGCGAGGUCAUGCAUAUGGCGAACCACCACAAAGCAUCCAUCGCAGGCCAGACUCAAACCCAUCAUCCGACGAAAAACUCGCCCAAUUGACCCAAAGACAUAACCAAGAAAUCGACUCGGAGGGUAGUAGAGGCCACAUCGAUCUUGAGUAUGGAGUAGAACAGCAACCUCGUGAAGGCGAUAUUGCGCAUGCGGUGGAAGAUAAUCAUUCAGAGACAGCGCCGCAUCAGCGCGUACAACCCGGUGUGCAUGCUGGGGCUGUGGGGACGAGUACACCUGGUUUUGAGCAGGAUACCGCGGCGCAGAUGGAUAGGAAAAGGGCUGAGCAUGAUCGGAUGCUCGGUCUUGGACGGGAUGGGGGUGCGAAGAGUCCGGCUUAUUAUGGGGAUGAUAAUAGGGAAGAUGAAGUUGGUGGUGGUACGGGGUCGGAGAGGAGGCAGGUGCGUGAGGAGAAGUUGAGGACAGAUCGGGAGAUGGAUGCUAAGGGGGCGGUUAAGGAGGCCACGGGACAUGCGGCUGUAUGA